GAAAAAUCGUAUCGUGUUCCGAAGACUUAAGUCGCAUCCUGUCCUAACCUUAUUUUGCUGCUAUGAUUACUCAAUUAUAAUAUCAAUUUCUUGCAAAAAUGAAAAGAAUAAUAUAACAGAACAAUAGUAAAAGAAACAGUUUAGAUGUAAAACUGUGCGAGACAAUUCUACGGAUUAUAAACAUCCUUUACGAAGAAGUUAUCGCCGACUGAACAUCAAAGAUGUUUGGCUGCGCGAAAAUAUUGUAUUUUUCACAUCUCAAACAGAAUAAAAACAUCACGUAAAUUUUAGUACAAACGUUAUUUUAAAAUCUUAUUCAAUUAAAAUGUGGAAACAAUCGAAACUGUUGUACAGUAGAUACACAGUGCAUGGGAAAAAAGCUCUCUCUCGCAGUUACAAGACGGGAGACACCUCCACGAAGAUUGCCGAUACGGAGGAUUCGGAAUGUGCACUCCCCAAGGAAGCGCGAGUUGUCAUAUGCGGAGGCGGAGUUAUGGGAGGUGCAGUGGCAUAUCACUUGUCUCUCAUGGGACUUGGAUCAGAAACUAUUCUGGUAGAAAGUAGCAGACUAGGAGGUGGAACAACAUGGCAUGCGUCAGGAUUAGUGGGAGCAUUCAAACCCAGUCUGACACAAGUGAAACUUGCCCAGGAUAGCAUAGCUUUGUACAAAGAAUUAGAGAAGAAAGGUUUCUCGACAGGAUGGAAGCAGUGUGGCAGCCUUUCCUUGGCACGAACAAGAGAUCGUAUGACCUCGUUUAGACGAAUGAAGGCACAAUCUGUGUCACGUGAUAUUGAGUGCCACUUGGUUUCUCCAGAAGAAAUUGAAACUCUGUGUCCAUUGUUACAAGUUGAGGAUUUGAUUGGAGGAUUAUGGAUUCCAGAUGAUGGUGUUGGUGAUCCGUAUCAGAUCUGUUUGACAUUAAUGCAAGAGGCACAACAAAAAGGUGUUACAGUAUUCGAGAAUUGCGCGGUUACAAAAGUAAUUAAUCAGAAUGGUCAAAUAGAAGCAGUGGAAACUACACGUGGUACUAUCAGAUGCCAGCAUUUUGUAAAUUGUGCUGGUUUCUGGGCACGAAAUGUUGGUAAACUCAGCGAGCCAUAUGUCAAGGUACCACUCCAUCCAGUAGAACAUUAUUAUUUACACACUAAACCUAUUGCUAAUUUAGAUCCGAUGACACCAGUCAUACGCGAUUUGGACGGGUACAUCUAUUUUCGAGAAAACGAGGGACGACUGUUAGCUGGUGGUUUCGAACCGGUCGCAAAACCUGCGUUCGAGGACGGCGUGAUUCCGGAAAGCACAGACAAGCGAUUCUUACCGGAAGAUUGGGAUCAUUUUCAUAUUUUGCUGGAACAGAUGUUGCACAGAAUUCCAAGUUUAGGAAACGCAAUUCUGGAGAGACUCUGCAACGGCCCUGAAGCGUUCUCGCCAGAUUGUAAAUGGAUCGUAGGGGAGGCACCCGAAAUACGUAAUUACUACAUUGCGGCCGGAAUGAAAACGGUUGGAAUAUCUGCCGCCGGCGGAGUUGGUCGCGCAACAGCGGAAUUGAUAGUUAAUGGCUCGACUUCGUUAGAUAUGUACGAAUUAGAUGUUUCACGUUUCCUCGGGCUACAUAACAAUCGCAAAUUUCUACGCGACCGAGUGCGAGAGGUACCCGGAAUGCAUUACGCACUGCAAUACCCACACCUCGAGUUUAAAACUGGAAGAAAUCUAAGGAUGUCGCCGAUUUAUCCGAAACUCAGAGACGCAGGCGCCGUCUUUGGCCAAGUCAUGGGUUACGAGAGACCGUCUUGGUUUCAAUUGGACGAUUACUGCGAUUUGGAGUUUCCUGACGGCUUCCAGAGAUACAAAAUAGCUUACACUAAUACCUUCGGUAAGCCUCCUUGGUUCGAUGCGGUUGCACAGGAAUAUGGUGCUUGCAGAGAAACGAUCGGUCUAAGUGAUUAUUCCUCCUUUACCAAAAUCGAUUUAUGGUCAAACGAUAUGGAAGUUGUGGAUUUGCUACAAUAUUUGUGCUCGAACGAUGUAGAUGUACCUGUAGGAAGUAUCAUUCACACCGGUAUGCAAAAUCACCGUGGUGGUUACGAGAAUGAUUGUAGUCUAGCGCGAAUCGCACCGAAUUAUUACAUGAUGAUUGCUCCAACUAUCCAACAAACGCGUUGCAAGAAUUGGAUCCAUCGUCAUUUACCAACGGACGGUUCUGUCGCCGUGUCUGACGUCACAUCAGCAUACACUGCAAUUUGCAUAAUGGGUCCAGCCACUAGGAAAUUGUUGACUGAAUUGACAGACAUAGAUUUAAAUCCAAAGAACUUCCCGUUUUUUACAUUCAAGGAAUUAGAUGUCGGACUUGCCAAUGGUAUUCGUACGUUUAAUUUAACGCACACUGGAGAACUUGGCUACGUCCUGUAUAUUCCAAAUGAGUUUGCACUACAUGUUUAUACGAGGCUAAUAGAGGCUGGAGCGAAAUACGGAGUAAAACACGCUGGUUAUUAUGCAACGAGAGCAUUACGCGUUGAAAAGUUCUAUGCAUUUUGGGGACAAGAUCUGGAUACCUUCACUACUCCUUUAGAAUGCGGAAGAUCGUGGAGAGUAAAAUUCGAUAAAGAAGUCGAUUUUAUAGGUAGAGAUGCUCUUUUGAAGCAGCGUGAACAAGGAGUCAAACGGAAAUACGUGCAAUUGCUGUUGAAUGAUCACGAUCUCGAGUUCGAUACUUGGUGCUGGGGUGGCGAGCCUAUUUAUCGAAAUGGAAAAUAUUGCGGAAUGACAACGACCACGGGUUAUGGAUUUACGUUCAAAAAACAGGUGUGUCUCGGAUUUGUGCAAAAUUUUGAUUCAAAGGGUCAACCGCAAGAGGUGACAAAUGAGUAUAUAUUGUCGGGUGAUUACGAAGUGAACGUCGCGGGUAUCAUGUACCCAGCAAAGUGUCACUUGCAUAGUCCAAAUUUACCGACUAAAUUCCCCGACAAAGAGAGAGACGCUUAUCACGCUACACGCGACCAACAAUCUUUGUAAUCUCCCGCUUAGAAAUAACACUUCAAAUCUGUACAAACGAUGUAUAUAGCAAAAGAUUGAAUAAAUCGUUUAAUAAGUAUCACUCAAAAA